AAAAAAAAAACUAAAAUUUCAUUUGAAAAAUUGAAUGCUAUGCAUUGAAAAAGAAACUUUAAAAUAGUAUUAAGAGUAUAUCUUAAUUCUUGCACAGGUGCAUAACGUGUUAGUGAUUGCGGUUACCUUUCGAACUUAAACAAAUGCUUUUUUAUCUAAAUUUUUAAUCGUUAGUAUGCGCUUUCGUUUGCACCAAUGAGUUCAGAAAAAGGUGAAAAUGUACGUGUCGUUAUAAGUUAUACUUAAUAAUACGAGUAAUUCAAUAUUAUCAUCAUCAUCAUCAUCAUCAACAGAACAACAGUGAAAACGUAAAAUUGCAAUUUUGUUGCUAUCGUGUAUUGUCAUCUAUGCGGUUGACUGGAAGUUUGAAAUGCUAGAAAGUAUCAACCAGUAAACACUGCUUGCGUUAUAUACAAAAAGGAAAACAAAUGCAGUAAAAGGAGAGAAACAAAAAAAAAAAAAAAAAAAAAAAUAAAAAAAAAAGGCAAAAAACCAAGAACAAAAAAUUAAAACUUUUAUAUAAUAUGUGGAUAAGCGGAGACGAAUAGACAUACCUACGUAUACAUUUGUAUCUAAUUGAAUACGUGCCUGACAAAGGAUUUCUUCUUACUUUCUUUUAACGUCAACAACAUCUUAAAUAUUGUCAAGAAGUUGAUUUAUUCUGAUGCAACAUCAUGACGGUAAAAUUGGGUAAAUUGUUUGGUACCAACUCCUCUAACAAUAGCACAACGCAUAACAAGAUGUCAUCACCGCCCCCACUGCCGCCGCCAAAUCCUUCACUGUCAUGCAAUUAUUAUAAUGCCAACACAAAUCAACAUCAUCACCAGUUACAGCAGAAGAGUCAACGAGCCUUUAAUCCCUAUGUGGAUGAAAUGGAAGAUGAUAAUAUAUCUUUAUACUCGACAACUGCUUCGAUUAUAACGGCAAGAGAUCAUCCGUAUAAUAAUUCGCAACGUCCCUUGUUGGCCGACAGGAAACCGCAAUUGCUGUUGGGCAGCAAUGCUAGCAAUAACAAAAAGAAAACUAAAAAUCAAACCACAGCAAAUCAACAGUCUUCCCCUAAGCUUAGUCAAAACCACCAUCAACAGCAACAGCAACAGCAACAGCAACAACAGCCGCAACAACAACAACAACAGCAACAACAACAGCAACAAGAACAAAAGCAAAAACCAGAACAAAAGUCUUAUAUAUCACCCUAUGUACAGCAACAGAAACGUGAUAGCGUCAAAGGUUUACAUGGUUUCAAUGACUUCGAUAUACUCUCCCAGCAAUACAAUAAACAUUUACAAUCACCGCACAUUGGCUACCCAUAUGGUAGUCCACCGUCACCUAAUAGCAAUUCAACGGCAGUAGACUUUGUCUUCGAUUCUGCCGAAUCGACAACGACACCGAUAUACCGAAACAAUUAUGCGAGCAUAUCAACACCGUUAACCGUAACAACUUGUUACGGUAAUGCUGUUUGUGAUUAUGGCUCCACAUUGGCAACAUCGGCUACGAUUGAGGUUAAUGAAAUCGAUUAUUAUAGAUCCAAUACGAACGUUGAUGCAAUCAACAAAUUAUCACGUUUCGAAGAUGAUUUUUGUAAUCGUCGUAAUAUAAAUUUUUCAAAAAUUGAUAAAAAAUUAGCAACGAGCGACGAUACGAACUUAUAUGAAGGACCAUUUAUAUUUGGCAUACCCCCCGAACAACAAACCGAUUUUACUCGUUUAGGUAUAAAUGGUCGCAGCUUCGAUGAUAUCACCUCUUGUAAGGCUGUGCUAACAAAUAACGGCAAGCAAAAGCUUGACAAAUCUAUGAAACAAACGGUAACGCAAACCAGUAAUAGUGAUACCAGCUCGACUACUCGUGAUGAUAGUAGCACCAGCAAUGACAGCAAUGGAGAUCCUAAAGGCGCCACAAAGUUUCUUUUAAGAAAACGUAAAACAAAGAAAAUAACGAAAGACGGCAAGCCGUUCAAUGUUGUAGUUGAGAAGCCCACCAUCAAAUGCGUGCUAGUAGGGGAUUGCGCCGUGGGGAAAACCAAUUUGAUACUUUCAUAUUUGGAGAAUCGUUUCAAUACCGAGCAUAUACCAACGGCAUCAGAUAUUUAUAACGCUGAUGUUAUGGUCAACGAUAGUCCUGUACAUUUAACACUUUGUGAUACAGCCGGUCAAGAUACGUUGGAUCCGCUGCGUGAGCUAUGCUAUCCGGACAGCGAUGUGUUUUUGUUAUGUUUUUCGAUAGCCAAACCGAAGACAUUCCACGCCAUCAAAAACAAAUGGGCACCAAAAUUUGCAAAAACAAAAGCUUCAUUGAUAUUGGUUGGCACCCAAGCGGAUUUGCGCAACAAUCCGAAUGUACUGAAUAAACUGCAGUCUAAUGGAGAAAAGCCAAUUUCACAUGCGGAUGCUUGGGACUUAGCAACAACAAUUGGUGCAAAGUAUAUUGAGACUUCAUCAGCGACACAGGAUAAAGUUAAAGAAGUAUUUGAUACCGCCAUUUGGGAAGGUUUAGCUCCGACGAACUUACCUCCGACUCCGCCACCGUUGUGGAAGAAAUUAUUUUGUUUGGUAUAAAUUUUUUCGAUCGUUGGUAGCUAGCUAUUAAGUCUUUUUGAUAUAUGGAAUGCUUUUAUUAUUAUUACUAUUAUCAUUAUUAUUAUUAUUAUUAUUAUUAUUAUUAUCAAUUAUUAUAAAUAAGAAAAUUUACAGACUGAUUACAUGAAUUGUCGUUAGUAAACAUAUAGUUUUUGUCUUAAGUCAUUAUUAGUAAUAGUAAUUGAAAUAAAAUUAUUACAAAAGUUCAUUAUUCCCGUAAAAA